CAAGAGUUGUCUUUCUUUGAUCGUUGCUACCAGUAAACAAAAAGAAGGAUUUGGAAUUAUCAUAUAUUUUUGCGAAAAUAUCGAAUGACAGAAAUAUGUAGUUGCUGGUUUCAUCUUGCUUGUCAAUACCACACAAGAGAUUGGUAAGGAUGACUGGUGCUACACAGACAUAUCCAUAUGCGAGUCCAGGGCCUAUCCGCCUGCCACCUGGAAACCUUGAAACAGUGGAGGAAUUGCCCGGAGACUCUGACCUUGAGGAUGACAGAUCUGAUUUGUCGGCCUCCCUGUCUGAUGCAGCCCUCAGUAACAUUGAGGAGGAAGAGGGUGAUGAUUUCUAUGAUGAGGGAGAAGGAGACUCUAUGAGGGAGAGAGAUCCAGUCUUUGAAAAGAUCAAAGAAACACUGUCAAAAAGUCAGCAGCGUUCGGAAUCAGUGGCUUCUAUGUUGAGUAGUAUAAGUGAUGAGAGUGAUGGACCACAUGUACAGAUAUCUGAACAUUAUACGUCAGUGCCUUAUGGCAUACAGCCGAGAGCAACUUACGAGCAUAGUAGUGUACAUGCUGAUAUAAUGGGAGUGGCCUACAAUGGUAGAAUGAGAAUGUUUGUUAUAUUGGAUUCAAAGGGAAUAACAACAUGGAAACGUGAUCUGGUUGAUCCUAGAGGAAUGAGAAUUGUUGAGAUACGGAGGGCCUUACAGUACCCUAAGUAUGAGUAUCGACUCAUUAUGCAUGUAGUCUAUGCUCCAAAGUACAACUGUUACUUUGCCCUCGGAAAAGAUUUCUCCGUAAAGGUGUUAAACAGAGACUUUGAGGAGACGUGUUCUGUGAACACUGACAUGAGAUCUGUAUUAUAUAUAUUGUUUAAUCCUGUUAGAGAUGAACUUAUUACGGGAGGUGUGGGUGGAAUAAAGAUUUGGCAGUUCCAGCAAGCAGCAGGGAAAGCAUUUACAGAACUGAAACCUCUUGCCAACUAUGAACUGAGAAUCAAAGAGACACUGCCAAAUGUAGGAGGUAGUUGGGUGAAGAAGGUAGAGUUAGAUUACCACCUUCAACACCUGUACUGCUGUUCUGAUACUGACCUACAUGUUUAUGAUCUCACUGGCAAACUACUCUUCAAGUUUGAAAGAGCUCACACCAUGUCUAUCACAGGUGCUUGUUUCUCGCCAUCUGCUAAAGUGUUAGUAACAUCAUCUGUCGAUUCUGAAGUAAAAGUAUGGAGUUUAAAUGGUGGACUGGUUCACACAUUUCGAGGUCAUUCUAGAGCUGUGACUGGUUUACUGUUACAUCCAGAAACUUCCUCUAUAUUGAUCACAUGUUCUCUAGAUGGUUCCAUCAGAAUGUGGUCCUUAGACACAAUGGAUCUACUAUAUAUGAUUGUUGUGUCUGCUGAUGGUGUAAUGUGGAUGGGACUGACUGAUGACAAGUUACUGUAUAUCAGUACAUGUAGAAACAUUACACUGUGGCAUCUAAAUAACUUCUGUACUUUCUGGAGUCUAGCUAGGAACCAAGUCUCCAGUUUGUCAUUGGCAAGUUGCCAGGAGAAAACUACCAGAGUGCUAGCUGUAGGGGAAGAUAGUAGUGUUAGAAUCUUUUGCCGUAGUAACCGUAAGAACAUAACAACAGUACUUCCUCCCCCGGAUAUUUCUCCACUACAGAAAGUGCUGAGUGUGUGUUACAGUAGGGAGAAAAAUGCUGCCUUCCUUCUCAUUACAAAUAGAGAGAUCUGGGUAUAUACUACCAGGACAGAUCCAGCAUGUCGUAUAGCUAUCUGGGAUGUACAUGAUUUACAACUACCUUAUGUCAGUGGGGACACCUCAAAUCUUCCACCUGGUGUUAUAAUCCAGCCACCUAGUCAGUCAGUAAUAACUCACAGGGCUACAGAGAAUGGUAACGGCAAUGAGAUUAUAUCUAACUGUAAAAGUUUAUGUAUACUAAACUCUACAGCUAUGAUGAUGACAGAUGAAGGUCUCACUUGUCCUAUCAGGCAUACAUAUUUAUUACUUGGGAUGGAAGAUGGUAGGAUAUUGUUUAUGGACCCUGUUAUCAAAGGACAGAAGUACAUGGAAUUUAAAGCCUCCAAAGACGCUAUACAGGAGAUGCGUCAUGACGUAGCACACAGUAGUUUGAUGACAUUAUGUCGGCUGAAAACUCUAGUAAUGAUACAGAUAUGGGGCCUGCCUCAACUAGAUGCUAUGUAUGAAGUUUAUUGUGGACCUGAUGUUACAUGCUAUGCUAGGGUGGGUUUAUCAGUGUUGACAGGUCAUUCGUCAGGUCAAGUCAAUGUUCAUCCAUUGGAACAAGUGGAAGACCAAGGAAUUCUUAUCUCCAAACAGGAACCACAGUAUGAGAAUAUAGUAGAUGAGAAACGUAGACCUGAACAUCAUGGUCCUGUCGUUGCCAUGGACGCGUUAGCCUCACUACAAAUAUUUGUAACCUGCAGUUCUGAUGGUGGUAUAAAGAUAUGGGACGAGGGUAAAGUGUUGUUGACAGAAGUAAUGUUAGAGGAAUCUCUAAGUGCUGCAACUUUCUUCAAUGAAAUGGGCGACCUUCUUGUGGCCUUCAAAAACCAUAUCUUCUAUAUAGAUCAUACAAAAUUAUGUCCAGCAUUUAAACCGCCAGAGAUUGAAAUGGAAACUUCUGACCAGGAGUCUGAUGUAUAUGAGGAUCCUCGAGUAUUGUAUGAGAUGAUCAGAGAUGAUGAGGAGCCUGUUACAUUAGAAAACUACCUGGUACCUUAUGAUCAUCUUGACUUUGACAAGGAUUUUCUGGAGGGUAAAACAAAAAUAGAACAGCCAAAAACUGCAGCUGAAGCCAUGGAAAGUAGUGAGAGUGAAACAGAGACUGAUAUAUCACUAGCUCCAUCUUCUAUAUACCUGUCUCCUGCUGAAAGUAUUGAAUCAUUAUCUAUGAUUGAUCUUACACUAGGGGCAGAUUACUCUAAAUAUGAUCUUCGUAAACAAAUGAAGGCAACACUGGAUUACAUGGGCACAAAAGCUCAGGAAAUGGAGAAAUGGAAAGACAUGGCCCCAGCACGUGUUUACCUUAAAUUACGCAGAAUCCAGAUAGCUAAUGCUAAAACAUCAAAACAUGUUUAUAGAAAGAAAGUUAGAGGAAAGAAACGCCAGAAAAACGUCAUGAUAGAAACAUUAGCCCAGUCUGACAUGGAAGACAAGGAAAUAGAGAUGGAACUUGAGAAAUUCUCACUACCUGUUUUUGGAGAUUCCCCAGGGGGUUCACCCAGCAUUACCCCUCCCUCGGGACAGGCAUCACCCAGAAGACGUGACCAAACCCAGGAAGCUGAUGAGUUAAGUGAUGAUGAGAUAAUCCAGAAAAAACCAUCAGGUUUUGUUCCUAUA